AUGGCGAACUUGGACCAGGCAGCAUCAGAUCGGCUUCGCAAUAAAUUUCGCGGAUGUUUAGUGGGAGCAGUAUUGGGUGAUUGCUUUGGGGCAAAUUUUGAAGAUACUGCUCUUCGAUUCAUAUCAUUGGAAAAAGUUCGGAAAUUUACGCGUGAACGUUAUCAAAAACAAGAAGUACUCUUAUACACGAAUGAUACCGCCAUGACUAGAUCGCUUGCAGAUUCGUUGUUAUCCAAUGGUGGCUUCAAUGGAACUGACAUGGCUAAACGAUUUGCGGAAGAAUAUUUUAAUGAUCAAUCCCGCUUUUACGGAGGCCAUGUUCCGGACGUUUUUUAUAAGUUACAAAUGUCGAACUAUACUGAUCCAGAAGGCCCCGCUAAUCAACAAUUUGAUGGUAGUGGUUCGUAUGGAAAUGGCUCUGCUAUGCGUGUUACUCCCGUCGCAUUGUUUACUCACAACCGUUCGAUCAAGGAAGCUCAAACGCUAGCGACCAAAACCUCUAGAAUUACUCAUACACAUCCCGAUGGUAUAAAUGGAGCUAUCAUGCAAAUGUUAGCUGUUCGUGAAAGUCUCAUGCUUAAUGCUGACCAAGAUCUCGAUGUUUUUGCUUUCCUUGAUAAAAUGCUGAUCUAUAUGGAAGAUAUCGAACAUACCCUACCCACAAAUAUUACAGCCGCUAUGGAAGGAAUGGAUGAAGUAGAAAAGAAUAGUGCUUUUGGUAAUGGUAUAGUUGCGAUCGAAGCAGUUCCAGCUGCUGUUAUGGCCUUUUUAUGUAUAGCUCGUAAGCCGAAUAACACGUUCAUGGAUGUUAUUGAGUAUGCAUUAUCUUUAGCUGGCGAUACAGAUACUGUAGGUUCGAUGGCAGGAGCUAUUGCUGGAUGCUUCUACGGAUACAAUUUAUUGCCAAAGGGUUGGAUUGAAAAAUGUGAAGGAACUACGUAUGCGUUCGAUCAAGCCGAUAAAUUAUUCGACUACGUAAUGCAACACGAUAAAUAA